AUGCGUUCUUCAAUCAAGGAAGACAUACAAUCAUCAACAGCAGAGUUAGUGUAUGGAACGACUCUUCGGCUGCCAGGAGAAUUCUUCGUGGAGGCCAAAAAUACGAAGCCUUCACACGAAUUCAUCACCGAUCUGCGAAAGGUGAUGGCACACAUCCGUCCCGUACCAACGAGCGACCAUUCCAAACCAUCUACGUUCGUGCAGAAAGAGCUAGCUACCUGCAGCCACGUCUUUGUACGAAUCGACACAGUUAGACCACCACUCUCACACCCGUUCGAUGGCCCGUAUCGUGUACUGCGCCGUCGGAAAAAAGUCUUUGUAGUUGACAUUAACGGCAAAUCGUCACCCAUAUCCAUCGAUCGUCUCAAGGCUGCCUUCAUACAUCGUGACAAUGUCGACGGUACAGCGCCAGCUACCAAUACCAGAGGAACAACAUCAACUAUCGCCGAUCGUCCAGUAUAUCAAACACGAUCAGGUCGUCGUGUUCAUAUUCCCCGCCAAUACUAG